UUUUUUGACGUUUCGUGUGACAAAGCCGUAAGGUGGCCGUAAAUUUGUAAUGGCUUCUUGCUGAGGCGGUGGGUGGUUUUUAUACAUAUUCUACUCAAACUUCGCUACCAGAAACGACCUAGUACCACUAGUAUAACUCUAUAAUUGCAGCUAUCGCCAUACAAAAGAGCAAUUCCCUCAGUGCGGCUUUAUAUCUAGUGUUCAUUUCCAGUAUUCACGAAGAAUGUCCUGGCGAAUACAAAACCAUAAUUUACCAUUUAAACUAAUGAUAUGUGGAAGUUGAUGAUGUAAUAGUAACACUAUGCACUUCCUUUGAGCCCACCUGUCAGACAAUUUUAAUCAUAACUUAAUCUUAUAUCACCAUGGCUCGAAAAGGCGACACUAUCAGAAGCAUCAAUGUUUCCAUAGUGGGGCUGUCAGGCGUCGAGAAGGACAAAGGCCACGCUGGCGUUGGAAAAUCAUGCUUCUGCAAUCGCUUCAUGCGACCCCAUGCGGAAGACUACAAUGUGGAUCACAUCUCCGUUCUUAGCCAGACUGAUUUCAGCGGCCGAGUGGUCAAUAACGAUCAUUUUCUCUAUUGGGGCGAUGUGAUCAAAACUUCAGAAGAUGGGGCAGAGUACCAGUUUAGCGUCAUCGAACAGACUGAGUUCAUUGAUGAUGCCUCAUUCCAGCCGUUCAAAAUAGGCAAGAUGGAGCCAUACGUGAAACGGUGUGCAGCAACGAAAAUAACGUCCGCAGAAAAACUGAUGUACAUAUGUAAAAACCAACUAGGUAUAGAAAAGGAGUAUGAGCAGCGAGUGCUGCCUGAAGGUAAGCUUAACAUCGACGGUUUCGUAUGUUUGUUCGACGUCAGCGUCGUGCCCAGCAGGAGCGUAGAAAAACAGGUAGAAUUCGUAGCGGCCAUUUUGAACAAUCUGAUCAAAACGAAGAAGCCCAUAGUGUUUGUCACCACGAAAAACGACGACGCGAACGAAGCCUACAUCAAAGAGGCGCACCGACUCAUUCAGAGGAACGAAUACAAGAAUAGCAUCAGCAUGGUAGAGUCAUCUGCCCAUGACAACGUCAACAUCGACAUAUGCUUCAUGGUGCUGGCGCAAAUGGUCGAGAAGACGAAAGUUAGGUCCAAGGUGCCGUCCUACGCUGAGGCGGCGUUCGCCAAGAAAGAAAUUAUGGAUGCUGCCAGUGAAGCUUUCAUGAGACUGAUCAGGAUACAUGUGACUGAUUGCCACGCCAUGUGGUCGCAAACUGUUAAAAAAUUGAACUCCCACAAAGAGUGGAUACAUUUCGUUCAGUUAUUUGGCCUAGAUGGUACCCAACGGUUGUUUAGGAGACAUAUAAAGAGACUUAAGGAUGAGCAGUUAGCUAAGCAAGUAGCAAAAUAUAUGGAAAUGCUGCCUGAUGUUUUGCAUGAUCUAAUCCCAGGAUUCAACGCGCUCACAGAUACGGAUUGGACGUCUAUUCAACAGUAUAUCAAAAACCAUCCUAAUUUUUCUCAGUAUUUCUAUGAGCGCCCAGAAGACCUACCAUGGACCGAAUGUCUGGGCGAAGAUAACCAAGAGACUCGAAUACCUUUUGAUAUUUUAGACACUAGUGAGGCCGAAACAGUAUUCAAGAACCAUAUUAACGUUCUACAACAAGAACAAAAACGCUUAGAGUACAAGAAACAAUUCAAGCAGCUUCUUGAAGAUACUGGUUAUGUCACACCAGGAAAACAUCUGUCUGAAGUGAGAGUGCUGUUUAUGGGAAGAGAAUGCUUUGAGACGUUAUCAGAGCAAGACUGUCAACAGAUCUAUGAUGCUCACCAAAGGGAGCUAAUCGAAACGGCUAAACACAAUUUUCAAGAGUUACUUCUAGAACAUGCGGAUCUGUUCUAUCACUUUAAGAGUAUCGCACCUACGGGUACUAUAACUCAAGACGAUAUCAAAGAAAUAACCGACGUACUACAAGAUGAUUUUCGGUACAAGAUUUUGGACAGGCUUGACCAAGACCGAAAACUAACCUUGUUCCAACACCUUGGCUUCAUUCAUUAUCCUAUUAGAGAACAUUGUCCAGCCUUUCCAAACUGUAUGGAUGCUUUAAUAGAACGAAUCUUGGUAUCUAAGGCUCACAGGCCAACAUCGUGGAAUCACAAUAACCAUUGGCUUAUGAGUUCUGACAAUAAUCAGUUGAACCUCCUCAUACUAGGUUUAAAUAACCUAGCUGAGAACUUAGCAUCGAAAAUAAGGGCCCAAUGUGACGAUGAUGAGUACGAAAUUGAUGGUCAGUUCUAUAGCAUGGAUUAUAGAAUCAUCAAUGGAGAUGUUAGCCUUCCUCACAAUUCCUUUAGGACAUCUGACUUUAUCCCGCAUGGCAGUUUCUGCGUUUAUUCCAAUGCAGAGUCCUUCGAGUAUAUUAGGGAAAGUUUGGAGAAGAAAUUGUUGUCUAAUUUAGAGCAAGAUGAUAAAUUGCCGUUCCAAGGCUUGCCGAUCGUGUUGAUGUUCCUGCAAGAUUCCUCGGUAGACGAGAAAGAAGUGUUGAGAUUGAAGGAAGAUGGUCAAAACUUAGCCGAUAGUUUGCAGUGCCCUUUCAUGAAUGUCAAUGUAGAUCAAGUAUCUGAAGAUCAACUAGUUGCUGAUGCUUUAAACCAAUUGGUGCAGAGUAUACACCACCGUUCAGGCUUUUUGAAUAUCAACCAAUCUGUGAUUGAAUGUGUUGAGCCAGACAUUAGGAUCAUAAUGUGCAUGUUUUGUGGAGAUCCGUAUUCGGUAGAGAACGUUCUAGGACCUUUAUUAUCUCAUCAAUUUUGCUUCUUGUCCUCAUCUCAUAGUAUUAUCUUAGAAACUUUCUUAGGGGAUUCCAAGCGCAAAGUUGAAGUAAUCAUCUCUUCUUUCCACGGAGCCAAUGCUUUCAGAGAUGAGUUAGUCCAUGGAUUUAUUCUGGUAUACUCUACCAAAAGAAAGGCAUCUUUAGCUACUUUGAAUGCUUUUUCUAUGAAUAUACCUAACUUGCCAAUUCAAAUACUAGCUGUAACAGAUGGUGGGGGAGCUUCGGCAUUUUUCAACGACGAUCUGAGUCAAAUGUUGAUUACUGAAGGCAAUGCGAUUGCGGACAGAUUGCAGGCCCACUACAUGACGUCGACGUCAUCUAUGCAACAUAAAACUGCAUUUUUCACGCCGUUUUUCAAAGAGGUAUGGGAGAAAAAGCCUGAAAUCGAACAGGCUUUCCAUAUGGAGGAACCAUCUGGCUUAGACAGUGGAGAAGGAACAUUGGAGAGAUCAAGGAGUCAAAGACACAGUCAUCCAUUGCCACCACCCAGGCAUGAGAGCUAUUAUUUGAAAUUGAAUGAUGGUAGCGAAAGUGAGAACUUUGAGCUAAGUGGACCAGACGAAAGAUUGAGUUCUAGCGACCACAGCGAAAAGUUUUCUAGCAUAUACAUGUACGGAAGUGAAGGUAGUGAGAAAAAGCGUAGCAUGCAUUCAGGAUUUCACGUAUAUCCACCUCCUGCUACACCUCCGGAACCAGCACCUCCAGAUAAUAUCCUCAACACCAGAUACUCAAAGAAAUCAAUGAUGUCCACGUCUCAGACUAGUUUAGACGACAUGACUUACGGAGACCCGCCAAUGUCAAUACCUGGAAGCACUUGGAAUAACUACCACCAACAUGCUUUUACCACUGGUAGGAGACACGCUCCAGCACCGAAAACACGAUUGAAAGGCGUGUCCCAGACAUUGAAGCAACCAGGGAAGUUGAACAUGAAGAAUUACUCAGCUGUCACUGAAGCUAUAGCUCGAAUGAACGUUAGUGAUGUCACAUCGGGUAAUUUUGGAAAUGCCCCACUUGCCACUCCCGAACCCGUCGAUUUAGGUUGUGAAUAUGCCCAGGUUAAGGACUUGGUGCACAACGUGUACACUGACCACGAUCCUGAGUACAUGUACACAAUGGUGCAAGACGCUCUAACAGGAAAAUCUAAAGUCAGACAGCGCAGAGAAAAAGGGCAGCCAUCCUAUUCAGAUACGGACAGUGAAUGGAGUAGCUUAGAGCGAAGGCAAAGAGCUAGCGAGAUAUAUUCCAAAGUGAGUAGGAAGGGCGGAACCCAUAAGAGACAAAGGAAAAAGAGGACUGCUAUACCUGUGCAGCCUCCCAGAGUACCUCAGUUGGGGUCCUUCACCUUGCCGUCCAGCCACGGACCUGCCUUGGACGUGGAAGCUGAUAAAGCGACUGAGUCCAACUCUGACUCGUCAGAGGUCAGCGAUGCAGAACAGUUCGCACCAGCAAGUGUGGCUGAUAUCCGCCAUAAGUUCUCCCAAAAGAGAUCUUUGAGUUUGAAGAAGAGAUUGCCGGAUUUGCAAAACUCCCAUCACUUCAAUGUGCAGCUGAACUCGUUGGAUUUGUAUUUGGGCCAAGGAUUGAUGAAUGAUGAUGAAUCCAGUGUUGAUGUGUCCUCGCCAAGAGACAACUCGACAAUGUUUGGUGUCUUGCCUAAGAUUAAAGAGUCUGAUGUUGAGAAGAUUUUGAGGAAAAGGGAGAAGCAAAAAGCCAAAGAUGACUCCAAGCUGGAAAAACGAAGACUGAAGGAAGAAAAAUUGAGAAAAGUGGCAGAAGAAAGAGAUAAGAAGAAGCAGAUGAAAUGCAAACAAAAAAGCAUGCCGCCUCCCGGAGUUCCAUCCAAACUAGCCGAUUAUAUCCAAUCUGACAAGAAUUUCGUUCCCAUCUUUAUGGAGAAAUGUGUCAAGUUUAUAGAAAGCGAAGGCUUGGACUCGGAAGGUAUCUACCGUGUGCCUGGAAACCGAGCACACGUAGAUCUCUUAUUCCACAAGUUCGAAGAAGACACGAACGUGGAUAUCCACGAACUUGACAUCCCAGUAAACGCAGUAGCGACAGCUCUGAAGGAUUUUGUUUCCAAGAGACUCCCGCCAUUGUUUGACGCCGAUGUGAUGUCAGAAAUGGAGGAGAUUGCUGGCACCAGGAUCAAACCUAUGGUCACUACGACCGGCAACGUCGAGGUCAAGACCGAUCGUAGUUGCCGCUUGCUAGCUCUACGGAGCAUGUUGGACAAACUACCUCCCAUCAAUUUCCAGAUAUUGAAGUUCAUGUUCCAGCACUUUGUCAAAGUAACAGAAAACUCAAAGUUGAACAGCAUGGACAGCAAAAACCUGGCGAUAUGCUGGUGGCCUACAUUGCUGCCCAUCGAGUUCAGCGAUAUGGGUCGCUUCGAGCAGAUGCGACCCUAUUUGGAGGACAUCGUCCAAACGAUGAUUGAUCAGUAUCCGUUCUUGUUCUGUGGAAAAGAAGCUUUCGUUAUGGUAUAACAUGCUUAUGAAUAAAUGUAAACCACGCACAACAUGCUACCACGCCUCUACCAUGUAUCGGUGUACCCCACCAAGUUUGUAUCGUUGUUGAUAUAUUUGUUAGGAGGCCUUUUGCCCGUAGGUAGCGGAGGAUACGACACGCGAUUAUAGGAAAUAAUUUUUGGUCUGUUUUCUAGUUGGCCGUGUAUCUAAUUUAACAGAUUGAUCAGUCCAUUGUUGUCCAACAUAAUGUCUAAAAAGCAUAAUCCAGUGAUAUUAGGGCUUCUAGAGCAGAAAGUGACUGAGACCAACAUGAAAUUAUCAUGAUUUUUCAAGGACCUAACAGAUAAAUAUCUACUUGCUCUGGCAGCUAUUGUGUGCUAUUGUCCAGCCUAGCGCUAGUACAUGGUAAUGAACACACUUGCAAAGGGAGGAUCUAAUUCUAAUGGAAGGUUUUUGGCCAUAAACGCCUCUUAAAAAAGUCACGAACAUAGCGUGGCUUGCGAGAUUAUGGUCCAACAAUACGUUCAGGCGUCAUAUCCACAUCAAAAAUCGUACAUGAUCACAUUUUGUGGUAGGAAGGUUUUUGGCCAUAAACGCCUCUUAAAAAAGUCACGAACAUAGCGUGGCAUGCGAGAUUAUGGUCCGACAAUACGUUCAGGCGUCAUAUCCACAUCAAAAAUCAUACAUGAUCACAUUUUGUGGCGAUGAGAAAAGGUCUUUUGUACAAAUUUUAGAUGUAUGUAAGUCUUUGGGAUAUCACAAGUAAAUUGUAGUGUGACCCAGUGUCUUACUCACUGUUGAAUACGAGUAUAUUCCACCAGUUAGAAGCCAUGUCCGCGCGAAAAUAAGCAUAGGUACCAUAGCGCUGCCAACCACUUACCACAGACCUUUCGACCAUCGUCUUUACUUGCCAGUAUUGCUGCAGAUUAUGGAAUUUCAUUUUCUGUCUUUAAGAAAUUCUGAGAGCAGGGAAUCUAAUGAAUAAUUACGAGAGAGGUUGGGGAUGAGGGGUGAUCUUUUCUUGGAAGGUUAAUGGUCACGUUUAAGAAUAAACACUUUUCCUUAAAAGGGCAAAGGAGUCUUUUUUACUUUUAAGGGAAUUACUGCGAUCCUACUCGACAACAUGUCUGUGUCAAUGGAAAUUAUAUUUGAAAGUCUAAAUGCAGCUCAGGUUUGGGCAUAUUGAAUAUGUUAAUCAUGAUGACCGAAAACUGUUUCCUAGAAAAAAUCGCGUGUAAUCGUACCUCACUUUUGUUAAAUGUGUGAUGACCCAGUGGUUCUUUGUAUUUUUACAAUUCAUAGAUGGGAGUUUUUCGAAAUAUUGCUGUGAAAAACAUUUUAAUAGGAUUCAUAUGAAAACACUGUCUCAAUGUAUCCAAAUGAAUGGGUUGUUGUAGUAGUAUAGUUAAUGUCGUAUUCUUUUUCAAUAUCGGUAUCACGUCACGUGAUACACAAUUUCAUCUCGCCUAUAAUUGAGCAAUACUUUUUCACCACACGUCACUCCUCCAAGUGUUAUUUCACCAAUGUACGAGGUCUGUAAAUUAAGUGAUGAGACUGUUUUUUUAAUUCUUCAUCCAAAUAUAAUUACAAUUAUAUUUGAGUAAAACAACUUCCUUCUGAAGCCACACAGCACUGGAGACUGUUCUUCAUGGCAGUACUGGUAUAGCCUUCAGCUGGUCGGUUACAGCCGUCUGAAUGUUUUCGGCUGUCCCAAAAUCAGUUUCCACUAGGUAAUUUUUCAACUUCGGAAAGAGAAAAAAGUCACAAGGACUCAAGUCAGGCGAAUAAGGAGACCGAGGAGAUACAGGAAUGUUUUUACUGACCAAAAACUCGUUUAUUGACAUUGAUGUGCGAGCAUUAUCGUGAUGCAACACCCUGUUGUUCUUGACCUGAUGAACGGUGGAGUGAGUCUAAUUUAAUUCUUCCUCGAUCAUUCUGUCAACCGACGAUCUGAAUGCACAAGAUCCCGAUCACUCAUUUUUAAAAUACAAUAGGAAAAAGUUUUAAAAAACAUUCGUUACGGACAACCAAAUGACUCGAGCGAGUUCAAACUUGUACUGAAGGCGGAUCACAUGUUCCCCUAUCUCCCCUUCAAUCCUGGCGUCUCAUUACUUAAUUUGCAGUUUAAGUAUGCUGUACAAAAAUAUGGGAUUAUCUGAUACAUCUAUCGAUUAUUCUAAUGAUGAAGACAUUAUAACUCCAACACACCACUAUAGUAUCGUCAGCUUAAAAUGUUUGAUGUUUGAAAAUUAUCAUUGACGAUCGAUAAAAGUUCCAUGAUCAGUGUCGCGGAUUCUUUGGGCGAGAUUCAAUUUUUUUCACUACUUCAUGUUAAUAUUUUUUGUGCUUUGUCCAAGUCGAAUGAAUUGAAGUACUUUAUUUAACUGGAAUCUUUAUAAUUAUCUUCUUAAUUUAAAUACCUAUAACGGCUCUGUUAGCCCAGCCAGCAAAGUGGGUACAUUCCUAGAUAUAAAAAAGUGUGAAGAGGCAUGAUGUUGAAUGUUGCUUAAUUGUUUGUGUCUAAACUAGAUAUGGUAGGUGUACUUGGAGUCUGUACGAAGGUAAUCCCAAAAGAUCCCCCAUACAUAGUACAAAAACCAUUCGAUACAACUUCGUGAAGAUUAAACAUUUGGUAUAUUUUUCGACUUAACCCAGUAAUGACCAGAAUUAUUUGUUCCCAUCUUUUCACCAAAUAUUUCAAUAUGUUAUCAUUAAUUGGCCACUUUUUCAUCCAAAAUUAUAAUUUUCUCAAGGUAGUUUUUUAACGGGCUACAAUAGAAUAAGAAAAAGUCAGAACAAUGGUAUAUCCGAUAUAUACAGCCUUGGCCAAAAGUAUUGAGCACGCUCGAUAUCUUUAAAUUCUAGGGGACCAUUAAGUUGGGAGAAAUUCACACAAUUUUUUCUAGCUUUAUAUGGCUUAGUAUUGAAAGAAAAUCAAUAUUUUGUGGUACCACCCUUCGCCUUAAUCACGGCAGAAAUUCUUUUAGGUAAAGAUCGUACAAGUUUAUUACAUUCUUCGUAAGUUAAAGCGUUCCAUUCCUCACGUAGACGGCGCUUCAGGUCUUCUUUAUUCUUGAAUGUAUCACGCCUGAUCUUGCGCUUCAAUAAGCCCCACAAAUGUUCAAUCGGGUUCAAGUCUGGUGACUGGGCUGGCCAAUCCAGAAGCUCGAUGCAGUUUUCUCUGAACCAAGCCAUUGUCCGUGCAGCUUUAUGGCAAGGCGCAUUGUCCUGCUGAAAUUUGACGCCAUUCAUGUUGGUAUCACCAUAAAGUGCAGUAAACGACGGCAAAAGAGCAUUUUCGAGUACGUUUAUGUACUUUGUGGCAUCCAUGCGACCCUCACACACGAACAUUUCUCCCACUCCUGAAGCACUCAUGCAGCCCCAGACCAUUACGCUACCGCCACCAUGUUUCAAAGUAGGCACCACACACUCCUGAUUGAAUUCUUCUCCUACUCGACGACGAACAAAUGUCACACCAGGUGUACCAAAAAUCUGAAAAAUGAAGAAAUGUCAUUAAGUAGUUGCUUAGUUGAAUAUUUUCUUCUUGUCAUUUUGUUUCAAAAAUUAUUGUUACACCUCGUUACUGCAUCAAAUUAACCAACGUACCUCAAAGUUUGAUUCGUCUGACCAUACAAUAUUUGACCAAUCCUCUUCAGUGAAGCUUUUGUAUUUUAAAGCCCAUUUAUAUCGAGCCUUUUUGUUUUUGUCUGAGAGCCAUGGCUUCUUUCUAGCUUUGCGGCCAUUUAGACCAACUUCUUGAAGCCUUCGGCGAACAGUUCGAGUAGAAAUCGGUCUAUUAAUUUGCUCUGAUAGUUCGGCAGCGAGGACCAAAGAAGUUUUUUUCCGAUUUUUCAAAGAUUCUCUCGUCAAUAUUCAGUCUUCGCGAUCUGUAGUGAUCCGUUUGCGGCCAGAUCUAGGCCUAUCUUUAUGUGAACUGGUCUGAGAGAAUCGCUGGAUAGUGUAUUGUACACAUCGACGCGAGCACUUCACUGUUUUUGCAAUGUCUACUUGGGACUUCCCUUGUUCAUGGAGAACCUGUAUUUUCGCACGUUUUUCAAUGCUCAGUUCAUUCGUUUUUGCCAUAUUACAAGAGUUGAACUCAGAUUCUCGAAAUAAAAUCAUCAAUAUUGCACUAAAUCACUUGACUGUUCACAAUGAGCGAUAGCAUCAAACUGAUGAACACGCACUAAAAAGGUAAAACUGACUAGUCUCCAAAAAACUACGUGUUUUAACGAAAGUAAGGAGAUAAGAAAUUAUUUACAAACCGGUUUUGAUACCUACAAAUAUUUGUAUAACCAUUAGUUUUUCUUUUCGUCUAUCAUUAUAGCGUACGUGAAAUAUUUUCGGGGUGCUCAAUACUUCUGGCCAAGGCAGUAUUUAAAGAAGCGAUUAUACACUAAUAUGUCCAUAAUAGCCUGCACAUUACUUCCGGUGAUAUUGGCGGAAAUAUUUAUCUGGAUGUACACCUACAUUUUAUGCAGGAAAAUUUUCUACAUUUUCCAAAAUGACGCUGCGACUCUUGUCGAUCAAUCCAGUGCUCUUUACCACCGUACCGGACUUCUGAUAAAACCUUACAGGAUAGUUUUGGUUUUGGACCAGUAUUUGGGACUGAAUAUAGGUAUCACAUAUUGACAAUAGAUCCGUCUAAACAAAAGCGAAUCAACGGCCAUUUUUUCGACCUGAUCAUAGAUCUAUACAAGCUUCUAAUUUGGUCAAACCGAUCCACACCUUCCAUUCCUUUAUUAUAUAAAUAUCAACCUGGUUUACAGAUUUGUCCUUUUUAGACCAUCGUUUACAUGAACGUUUCGACUGAUAUAAUGUUUUGUCUUGUACAUUUGAUAUAACAGUGACUUGGCUAAAGUCAUGUCAACGUGUCAAUGUUAUGUUGGAUGUUGAGUUACGAAUUGUGCAAUGACAACCCCUAUUCUCUUUUUUUAACUCUUUGAGAGAAACAACAAAUAGUUCUAGAAAAUGUAGGCACAAUUUUUCAGUUGCACUUGAGCCAAGUGAUUUUCAUUUUGUUUUGUCUCCAGCACCUGUAUAAAAAUCAAAUUUCACCAGAUAUCCGUCAAGGGUACAUAAUCACCAGAAUUUAAAGCCAAAGCGUAUGGGCUUGCCUUUGAUGAAUUGCUUCAUAUGAUUCCUCCCAUAAUAAGGUUCCAUUGCCUCAUCUACAGAUAUGAAUUUCCCUAAUGGAGACAUACGUUCAAGUGAAAUUUUGUACAGGUGUUUGAUCAAAGGCCUAAUCUUAUAUGAAUUCUUUCAAACUUGUUUCUCGACAAAGCUUUUGGAACCAAAGGGUUGUUGGCGUCCAUUCUGGUUUCCCAAUAGCAGUGUUUGGAAGGUACUGGGAUGUUGCCAGAAAAGGUAAUAAUACCAAUAAUUAUACAUUUCUUCAGGUGUGACUGAGAAGCCAUGAAAUCCCUUCUGGUCCGCUUAUCUUUUUGUUUCUAUAUACAUUGUAUUUUUGUUACAUUGAAACAACCGCGCAGACUGACGUCUAAAUGCCAGAGCACCGCGACUGCUAUGAGGAGCUUAAAGAAUUUUUGUUAAUCCGAUUUUUGAACUGCCUAAAUUUGGCAGAACUGGAAAAAGUCUUCUCAUAUAGAUUGUUCCACAAUCUCGAUACCCUAAGGACAAAGUAGCCGUCGUACUGGCCAUUUCUGGAUUUACGAUGUUCGACACGGUUAGGAUGCGAGGCCGAAGUCAGGCGGGCACAUCGCGCGGCGGUAACAUGGAGGAGAGCUCUGAGGAGCAAAGCCCGUUGGCAUAGCAGUAGAAGAGAGCUAGAUCGCCGACGGCCCGUCGUCGGUGCGAAAGGGUCCCGAGACUGUCCGUUAGAGAAGAGUUAUCGAUCAGUGAUGAUGUAGUCACAGCAGAACCCCGUACAUGUGUCCUUGUGCAGAGUAGGGAGGUGAUGUGGAGAAACGUACUUCUUAGCCCUAAACAAUAGCCUAGCUUUUUCCCAACAGCUACCUCUAUUGACGAGAUGUGUUCGUGCCAGAUCAAGUCCUCGGUAUUCUGGACUCCGACCAGUGAAAUGAAUGGAUCUUUGGUAAAACUCGACCAUCCAUCGAAACUGGAUGAGCGCUAGGUCAUUUCUUGUUAGUCAAGGCACUGUACGUACUGCGUUUUGGAAGCAUUAAACUGUACAAGAUUGUUCCGACCACAAGCAGUGAUAAACUUCAGGUUUCUCGUCAGAAAGAAAGGCACAACUAGUGUUCUUUUGGCCAGCUUACCGGCUUGUCACUCUGAAUUCCUACAUAUAGAGUGAUGCAUUUUUGUAGUCACUUCGGCAGCAUGUCCAUGAACCUUAGCUUUAUCUUAUCGAAGAGGUGCUAGUCACUGGGUGCCGUAAGUCCGCACAAUAUGUGUAUAUCUCGCAUCCAAACUGUUGCAGAAGAGUGACCGUUUGACGGACGACGUAGGCUUUGUAGACUGCUUAUCCCCGUUCAAUAUUGUUUCUCUUCCGAGUUUUUUAAGUUUCACCUACUCCCCAAGUUGAAAAAGCACAUUUAGCCGGAAAUUCAGUUCCAACGACAGUAGUGGGGACUUUGUAGGAAAAUAGACAAAUGUUUAAGCUUUAUAAUGUUUCAUUUAUUGAACAUAAUGGUUUUUUUAAAUGAGACCUUACCUUUAGAAUUAUCCUGGUAGCAAUGAGAUCUGAUAAUGCACUAAGGGGAACGUGCACAGUAUCUAAUAAAUGUAUUUACACAUUCAGAGAUAAUUCGUUUCUUCUCGAAGUGAACGAUUUUCCAAUUUUUUAGAUUACACAUUUUGAACUAUUGUUAAUCCAUUUAUGUGUUGCAAUAAUUAAUAGACGAUUUUAGAGUAUUGUCCAGAAAGUUUAGUCUGAAAGCAAUAGAUAUAUUUUGUUCAGUCUGCCUUGUCUUUGUGUGAUAAUAUACAAUCCACUAUUAUACAUACCUUGAUGGGCCCCUAAGUUUUACAAAAAUCGUUCACUUUCGUCGAAGCGAUCAUUUUUAAAAGUGUAAGAAUACCUUCAAUGUUACUGAAGUUCACAUAUUACCUUUUAAUAUUUACAAUGUAACUGUAUGAUGGUAGUUUCGUACAUGUAAUUUAUGUUUCAUUACUUAAGUGGUGCUUACAAACCCCUGGCAACAAUUUUAUACAACAUGACAAUAAUUGUGAUCAGAUUUUUGUAAUGUUUUCUUAAUACUCGUUUCUCGUACAGUCAUACAGCGGAAAUUGUGAUUUUAAGAUGCACGUUUUAAAGUAGAUGUAUUUUUUAGAUUUUGUGUACUAUAUUUUUUUAAUUUUUCUUUUUAAAUUCUAUUUUUGUUAUGUAAUUUUUGAGUUGAUGUAUAUUUUUUAUCACUGAUAUAAACAUAGGUUUUUUAAAGUUGUAACAAGUUUUUGUAUUGUAUGGAAAAUUUUCAAUUGUUGUGCCACUAUUAGUGGUUCCAUGCCAUUUUAUAAAGGAGGCCAAAGCUCUGUCUUUAAUGCAUUCGUAUGCCAUAUUUCAUCAUAACCUAUCAGAUGGUGAUCUUAUAAUAGUAAUUUUUGAACGAUUUAAUCAUUUGUGUUAUAUGCCAAAUAUUCAGUGGAGUAUAUGAAGUCUCAUAAAAAUAUAUUUGAAGUUUAAGCGUGGUAAUUUUGAGAAACAUUUUUGUAUUUAAAUACAGCAAGCUGUGGAUUAAUUGCAUGUUUUAUAGAAUGACAGUUUUUGAUAUAUUUUUAUGAGGCUUUGUAUAUGAAUGCAACAUAUCAAUGUUUUGUAUUUUUUAUUUAGACAUGGAUCAAAUCAAAUAUAGAAUUUUUGUUUCAAUUGAAUAUAAAAUAUGCAUAUUGAUAUCAAAUAUAACAGUUAAUGAACACCGAAUAGUAAAUAACUUAUCAUGCAGCUAUGCUUGUUUCAAUUUCAAUGUCCAUAACUAGAAAGAAUCAUGUUUUAAGAAUACCAGGCAUAACAUACUUUAUAAUGUUUGCAUUUGUGCCGAUUUUUAUCACUCUUCAGAUUGUUACGAUUUUUGAGACAAAUUCCUUUUAGGGUAGGCAAACUAGCCGUUUAAAAAAGUAUGUUAUCUUGCAUAAUCAAAAAGGCAAACGCACGCUUUACUAUUUCAAAUAAACUUACUAUCAGACCCAUUUCCGGCAAAUUUGAUUACUUUUUUUUCUCAUUUUCAAUGGCCUAAGUGUAGAGGAUCCAGAUUACAACAUACUCGCUUGAAUAUUACACUAACAGAGGCUGAUUUUUCUGUAUGUAUAGAAAGGACUUUUAUACAAAUGAUUUGAAAGGUAUUUGUACAAUAAAGUAAUUCCGUCAAUUCAAUUCAGAAAUAAGGUUUAAAAAUCAUAAGAAUUUUUAUGAACAAACUGUUUAUUGGCAUACUACAAUUGAGAAAUAGGUUUCAUCUGACAAAAUGUUACUAUAAUCCAUCCAAAACCAAGAUUGCAGUUAGUACGAAUGGGUAAUCGUACUCAGAACGGUUUCGCGGUGAUGUGGUGAUAGUCGCUGGAGAUGUUUGUACCGGAAUACCUGAUUUGACUCUGUAUUGGUAAUGAGACUGACGAAGGGGCGACCCGACAAGCGCUCGGUAUCAAAUUCACCCAUUGUGCGCUGCCCUGUCCAUGUGUUGGCGAGCGUUCUCUUGGAUUAGGAUCGAUUGUUCAGAUUAGGUUCAUAAACGAUAUUUUGUUCGUGAAACAUCUCAAUUGGAUUGUCCAUCAAACAGUUACAUUUGCCUUUCGCAAUAUAAUUCACGGGAGUUUCAGGAAGUUGUCAGGCAUAAAAACUCGCAAGACUGAGUCAUGUUAGUUAUUGGAGUGCCAAGGUAUCUAGUCUGCGACAGACGAAGUUUUGCUAUACACUUUUUGCUGGUCUGUCUGAUCAGCUUUGUGUGAAGAAGGUGCAUUACUGGAAACAAAAAUUACAAAAAUAAGCAUAGCCAUCAAUCGUAGUUUUUGUGAUGGAAUCGAAAUCUCUGCAAAAAUGAGUGAUAUACUCUAUAAUCUACUUUAUUCGUAUUAUGGUGCAAGGUUUUUAUUAUACAUUGUCGACCCACACUUCUUCUAAAGAACCGUUAUCCCAAUGUAGGCUUUAAAACUUGUUUUAAAAACAUUUUUAAUGCAGUUUUGGUAGCGUAUCCUCGGUGGCAAAGUUACUAAAUGCAUUUUUGUGGUAUCUUGAUAGAAAUAUCCUUGAGAAAAGCAUGAAGUGUGAGAGGUUUAUAAAUUAUAACUGCUCAUUAGGUGGUUAAUUGACGUAAUAAAAAUUGGAGUAUGUGAAUGUGUUGUUGUUUUAUACUGGUGUAACUAAAAAGAACUCUAAUUCUAAAAAAUGUAUGAACCUCUAGUAGAAAAUAUGAGAAAGUUUUUCUAAAACAUUUCUGUCCUUUGUGAUUCAGCGCUUCAUACUCGCAGAGGACUUGAAUUGCACCCUUUCUACCACUUUUCUACAUUGUCUGCAGUUGAGCCUAUAGUAACUUACUAAAAAACCUAUUACCAUACCUGGUUGUUUCCUGCUCAACAGUUUUCCUGUCGUUUUCGGCAAGAUCCAGCAGAUAAAUUCUCAUUUGCAUCUAUCAGUAAAUAAUAAGUUUCAGUGUUUCUUGUGAAGUCUUAGAAGUUGUUUGUCGUGGUUUCUUAUUGGGUUUUUUGGACUCCAGUUAAUGUUCUUAACAUAUACAGUGAAAUCUAUAUACCAUUGUUCUGUGUGCGAGAGAGAAGCGCGUGAUGAAAUAAUCAUGUUAAAAAGGGUGCGCCAAUGGCAACGCGGCAAGCCGCAGUCGCGUCCGUGGUCUCGCCACUCGGGUUGCUAGGCAACGUGGUGAUUCUAUCUCUUCCUAGCAUACGUAUUACAGGCUUUUCUCUCGUACACAUUACGACAUCAGUGGUAUGUGGAUUUCACUGUAUAUGGGGUAACAACUUUUUUUUUGCAAUCUCAUCGGCCCAGUCGUUGACUCUUCGUUACCGGAAUGUCAUGGUAUCCACUCCAAAAACACCUUGCUGUUCUAAGUCCAUAUUUUCUUGACAUUUCCAAUCUAAUAGUUCGGUAAUAGCUUACAAAAACAGUUUAUUCUUACUUUCUACGUAAUUUCGCUGCAGAAUUGGAUUAGUUUACUUAAUAGUACCAUGUACCAUAGUAUCAAAUAUGUACGAUUAUCGCUUGAAGAAGUAUUUGGCGUCUCGAAACAUAGUGAUUGUGAUAAAAAGAUGAGUGGCGUUAUAACCAUUUUCCGUAAUUUUUGUUGAAGGUAGUCAUUUAUACAUUUAUCGUGCUUUAGUUGUCUUUAUAUUGUGUAAAUGUAUUAAAAUUCACGAGAGCUUCGGGCAACUGGUGAUUUUAUUUAUCUGCUUCUCAGCAUAUCCAGUAUUCAUGUAAUUUCGCAAUUGCUGUUGAGGUCAUAUGUUCACACAACUAUUGUUGGAUCUAUUAAUUUAGAAUCGUAAAUUACAACCCACGGGUUCAAGUGCAAUAAUAUGAGAUGCUACUGUUUUAAAACAGGGUCUUGAUUAUAGUUUGAGAGUUUAGACAAUUUUGGUAGGUAUUUGAGGCAUGCUGGAAACUUGUCUACUCUUUUUAUUAUACUCAAACGCAGAACUGCAGACCUAGCUCGGGGCUAAAUCAACCCUUAUAUUUUUAGACCUUAUUUUUUUGGAAAUAAUGGUCUUGAGGCAUUUCCAAAUAUUUUAUACCUCUAAAUUUGACAUUUAAGAAAUCCAAAAAUAAAUAAGCCAGAUCAUUUAGUUGGCACUUGAACUUUACCAGGUGCAUGCAAAACUGCAAAUUCGAAAAAAAAAUAUUUGAAGAAUGUUAAAAAUUUUAUAGAAUAUUAUUUAUAAUUGAAAAAUAUUGGUAAGUUAUUUUGAAGUAAUUAUACAUAUUUAUAAUUACCUUAUUUGAUAAUAUUUAU